AGCUUCAGCUAGGGGUGGAACAACACCUGCUGGAGGCAGGACUUUGUGAGACAGACAGCCAGCUGAGUCCAAUCACAGCACAGCUGUGUGCUACUGCUUACCCAUGGGCCAAUCACAAUGAGCCGGAGGAAGCCAAUGGGAAUGAGGCAUGUUCGCCGUUAGCCAAUCACCAAAGAGAAGUGGAACAGAGCAACAGUUCAGGCGGGAAACUGGAAACUUCUGUCCCUGAGGAAGAGGAGGAGGAGGAAGAGCAGACCAACUCUCAGGAUGACUGAUCCACACAGGAAGAGUCCGACGUGGGUUUGAUUUGAGGACCGACCCGUUUGGACCCAGUUUUCAGCUCCUACAUGUCAGAGCAUUUGAUAAGGAUGAGCAGACCUGCAGAACCUCCAGAGGAAACAUCUCAGGCUGACAGAACCGGGCCUCUGAGGCCUCAGCAGACUUUAACGUCCUGAAGAGCCCGUCUCUUUGGGACUGGUUUUCACUCAGUGUUCAUCAAUCAACCACAGGCAGGAAACCAGAACCUUCAGUCAGUUUUAUGAUCUUUCUAACAAAUCUAAAAAAAUAAAAUAAAAUAAAUAAAUAAAAA